UCUAUAAAAUAUGUAGAAAAAAAAUUAGCGAGGAAAAUGAUGCAAUUAGGUAAAAACAACGGAGUUAAUGAAAUAUGUAAAUCAAAAAUACAUAAGAGAUUAUUAAUUGAUACAAAUUCGUUAUUAGCUUCAAGUUAUUCAAUAACACUUAAAAUCCCUAUUGAUUUGCUCAUUAAAAAAAAAACGAUCAUCACUUUUUUUCUCUGUGUGUCAGUUUAGGUUAACAAGUGGAGGGGGUCCAUUUACAACGCGUUUCCAGCCAAAAAAUGUAAUCAUUGUAUUCUUAAUAUUAAGGAUUGUUAAUGCAGUUCAUACUUUUUCUAGAAAAUAGAAAGUUUAAAACAGUCAGCAUUUUAUAACAGACAUUUUUCUAAGAGUUAAAAGGAUAUAGAAAUGUAACUAUGUAAUCAUUUAUCUGUGCGUGCCCCACAUGUAUUAUCUGUGUAAUAAAUUUGAUUGUAUUCUCACACUUAGGAACACCUGACCUCACCUAAUUUUUUUACAUUGUUUUGCUAACCUAACUAUUUUACAAUUCAGAGUGCAAACCACACCUCUAACUUCUCCCUAAUAUAAUGCAUUGUUGACAUUUGUUAGACUGGUUAGACGACUAUUAAGUAAAUUUUAUUUAGUUAGUACAUAUUAACCAAAAUAAGACUUAACAGAAAUUUGAAAAAUACUACAAUGUAAUUGGACAAAAAAUAAUGUUGGUAUUAAACAGAUUAUGUGUAGUUAAAACAGAAAAUAUCCUAUGGACUAUAGUUUUUAAAUAUAAAUAAAUACUUUAAGUUUAAAAAUAGUUAUAACGAAGUUAUAAUUAUAUAAUAAUCACAAAAUUAUAUAAGUAAAACAAUGAAUAUGAAUAAUAGAUUUAAAGUUCAUUAUCUUCAUGAAAUUAAAUGUGGCUGCAGAACAACAGUAAUGUUAAAAAUAUUUAACUUUAAGACAUUUGAUUUGUGGUAAGAAGGUUGUUUUCAAGACAAAUGACUAGUACUCAGAAUGAAAGUGACCUCAUAUCUUUAAUAUUGAAUUAUCAAGACUUCCUUUUAAGAAGUGAUAAACGAGAAAAUGUCGAGAAAGUUUGUUUUGGAGCUACAAUUCAAAGUCUCAUCUCGAGCGCGCGUUCAACAAAUAAAAAAAUAGCAAAUCAACAAAAUAUCAGUUAUACAACAACAACUACAAAUAUUCAUUGCAUUAAAACAACAUGUUUUAUAUAUAUAUAUUAAAACAACAUGUUUUAUAUAUAUAUAUUUCGAUUGAUUUUGAUUUUGCAAACAUUAGGUUUACAAAUUUUUGUUAAGUUGUUCACGUAUAAUAAAUUAUAAUAUGUCUUUAUAAUCUUUUUGAUGGUUUUUGAUCUUAAGUCCUGGAAUUUAGAGCAUUUCAACAAAAUUAUAUUCAUUUUCUUUUAGACAGGCAUUACAAUUUCUACACAAUCUUUUAUUUCUUGGUAUAUUUCUAUGUCGUCCACGUCAAUAGCCAGAUCAUGAGAAGAUAAACCAAAUUUAGACAAUCUACACUAAAUUUUACGGUGGCAUAGAGGGGACAUCAUAAAUAUUUUAUCUAUCACGUGCGCACGUGAUGGGGGACAUCAGAAAUAUUUUAUCUAUCACGUGCGCACGCGAUGGAGGAAAUCAGAAAUAUUUUAUCUGACACGUGCGCACGCGAUGGGGGACAUCGGAAAAUAUUUAAAUACCACGUGCGCACGCGAUAGCUACCACGUGCGCACGCUAUGACUACUACGUGCGCACGCGACAGCUACAACGUGCGCACGUACAAUUUAUUACGUAAGCACGCGAUAGCUUUUAAUUUCAAACAAGUCAUGAAUAAGCACUUCCCUGACCAUUUUAGAAAUGGAAGGUAUUACGUGCGCACGUAGUAGUUAUCGCGUGCGCACGUAGAAGCUGUCGCGUGCACACGUAGUAACUGUCGCGUGCGCACGUAUUAGUAGUAGCGUGCGUACGUGGUAGCUAUAGCGUGCGCACGUAGUAGCUAUCGCGUACGCACGUGAUAGAUAAAUAUUUUUGAUGUCCCCAUCGCGUGCGCACGUAGAAGCUGUCGCGUGCACACGUAGUAACUGUCGCGUGCGCACGUAUUAGUAGUAGCGUGCGCACGUGUUAGCUAUAGCGUGCGCACGUAGUAGUUAUCGCGUGCGCACGUGAUAGAUAAAUAUUUUUGAUGUCCCCAUCGCAUAAGCACGUGAUAGAUAAAAUAUUUCUGAUAUCCCCCAUCGCGUGCGCACGUGAUAUAUAAAAUAUUUCUGAUGUCCCACAUCGUAUGCGCACGUGAUAGAUAAAAUAUUUCUGAUGCCACCGUAAAAUAUCGGUUCAACCAUAAGAUCCAACUCAUUUUCAAAUUCAAAAGAGUGUUUAAAUAAACAAUAUGUUUCCAAUCUAGAAGAAUUAUAAAUUGAAGAAAUACGAAAAAGAAUUAAAAUUAAAAUUCUAUGCUUAUCAUUAUUGUUAUAACUGGUAAUUAUUUCAUAUAAUCUGUUAAUUUUGCGCUAAAAUGGAUCUCAUUUAUUUAUCCAGAUGACGGAAUAAUCCUACCAAAUUCACGGUUAUCAGUAAAUCGGACACCAAGAAAAAGACUAAAAACAGCAAAGCAUAAAGUAAUGGAGGAAAAAGUCAAGUUGGCUUGCCUUUCUACUUUGAAGAGAAGAAGAGGUAAAGAAUCAAGUACAGCAGAAAAUAAACCAGAAAAGAAAAGAAAGACCGAAAUUAACAAUGAUAAUGUGAUUACGCUUCAAAAAGGAUCGAAAAUAAAGAAAAUACAAACUAUUCCAGAUGAAAUCUAUAAGGAAGAACAAACUCAAAAUAUAAACACAAAGUUGAAACAAUUUCAAGAAGGCACAAUCAUUGCUGAAAGUGAAAAACUAGAAAAUAAGCAAAAUGUACUGAAUUCAAAUAAUAAUAAUGAACGAUCAACGGAAAAGAAGAAAAAAUACAAAGAUAAAACGGAAGACAUUUGUGUUGAUGGAAUCAAUACUCAUAUAGAUAAAACUCACUUUACUUCCACGUUUGUAUAUGAAGAAAAAGAAAACUCAAAACAGUAUAGAGACAAUAUGGAAAGCUUAAAUGACUCCGAAAUAAGCAAUUUUCAACAUAUAUCCAAUUUGUCGAAUGCUGAUGCACAUGAGGAGAAAAUCGAAACACACCAGCAUGAAGAAAAUACAAAGAUAACAAAUGAUGACGGAAUAAGCAUACUUCAAAAUAAAUCACAAAUGAUAAAAACAGACGAAUUCGAAGAUACAGAAUCAAGGAAAGGGGAGAGAAAGAAAAAGAAGCACAGUGAAAAAAUAAAAAGUGUAAAUGUUGAAGAGACUAAAGUGUUUCUCGCUGAUUCUACAAGAACGGAUACAAUUGACAAAAUGGCGAAAAUUAAAAAGAAACAUAUGGAAAAGAUAAAUGAUGAUGAAUUUACUGUAUUUGAAGAAAACAUGAUCAAUACUCAUAUAGAUAAAUCCCACUUUACUUCCACGUUUGAAUAUGAAGAAAAAGAAAACUCAAAAAAGUAUAGAGACAAUAUGGAAAGCUUGAAUGACUCCGAAAUAAGCAGUUUUCAACAUAUAUCCAAUUUGUCGAAUGCUGAUGCACAUGAGGAGAAAAUCGAAACACACCAGCUUGAAAAAAAUACAAAAAUAACAAAUGAUGACGGAAUAAGCAUACUUCAAAAUAAAUCAAAAAUGAUAAAAACAGACGAAUUCGAAGAUACAGAAUCAAGGAAAGGGGAGAGAAAGAAAAAGAAGCACAGUGAAAAAAUAAAAAGUGUAAAUGUUGAAGAGACUAAAGUGUUUCUCGAUGAUUCUACAAGAACGGAUACAAUUGACAAAAUGGCGAAAAUGAAAAAGAAAAAGAAGAAACAUACGGAAAAGAUAAAUGAUGAUGAAUUUACUGUAUUUGAAGAAAACAUGAUCAACACUCAUAGAGAUAAAUCCAACUUUACUUCCACGUUUUUAUAUGAAGAAAAAGAAAACUCAAAAAAGUAUAGAGACAAUAUGGAAAGCUUGAAUGACUCCGAAAUAAGCAGUUUUCAACAUAUAUCCAAUUUGUCGAAUGCUGAUGCACAUGAGGAGAAAAUCGAAACACACCAGCUUGAAGAAAAUACAAAGAUAACAAAUGAUGACGGAAUAAGCAUACUUCAAAAUAAAUCAAAAAUGAUAAAAACAGACGAAUUCGAAGAUACAAAAUCAAGGAAAAGGGAGAAAAAGAAAAAGAAGCACAGAGAAAAAAUAAAAAGUGUGAAUGAUCAAGAGACUAAAGUGUUUCUCGAUGAUUCUACAAGAUCGGAUACAAUUGACAAAAUGGCGAAAAUUAAAAAGAAAAAAAAGAAACAUAUUGAAAAGAUAAAUGAUGAUGAAUUGACUGUAUUUGAAGAAAACAUGAUCAAUACUCAUAAAGAUAAAUCCCAUUUUACUUCCACGUUUGUAAAUGAAGAAAAAGAAAACUCAAAAAAGUAUAGAGACAAUAUGGAAAGCUUGAAUGACUCCGAAAUAAGCAGUUUUCAACAUAUAUCCAAUUUGUCGAAUGCUGAUGCACAUGAGGAGAAAAUCGAAACACACCAGCAUGAAGAAAAUACAAAGAUAACAAAUGAUGACGGAAUAAGCAUACUUCAAAAUAAAUCACAAAUGAUAAAAACAGACGAAUUCGAAGAUACAAAAUCAAGGAAAAGGGAGAAAAAGAAAAAGAAGCACAGAGAAAAAAUAAAAAGUGUGAAUGAUCAAGAGACUAAAGUGUUUCUCGAUGAUUCUACAAGAUCGGAUACAAUUGACAAAAUGGCGAAAAUGAAAAAGAAAAAAAAGAAACAUAUGGAAAAGAUAAAUGAUGAUGAAAUGACUGUAUUUGAAGAAAACAUUCAAGACAAUGAAACCACAUCAUUUCAAAUUAAAACGGAUGUCUGGCUAAGGAUUAAGCCAAAAGAAAUAAUAUAUGAAGGUAAAUGCAAACGAAAAGUAAGGCGAUUGCAGGGAGAUUGGACGCGUAUAUUUGCUAAAGGAAUCUUAGAAACCCACCCAGGUUGUGUGUUGGCAUUUCGGUCACACCGUGUUAAACAAAACAAAACUAGAAAAUCGUCAGGACCAUUUAUUGUUGCGAAAGCAGUGUGCAAAGGUUCCACUUGUUGCAGAAGCUUUACAUUCACAAUUCAUCAAGAACCUUUAUGUGAUACCGACGUUCUGGUAAAUAUUAAAGCAGAAGGAUUUGUUAUUCAUGACGAAAGCGAGGUAAAUAGACGGAACAUAGCUGGCGAUGAAAGGCAUCUUACAGCACAAGAACUUUCAUCAACUACGGUGGCGUCAUACUUCUCCAAAAACCUUUUAAAUGCAGACAAGAAUAUGCUUAAACAAGGCAACUACUCAGAUACACCAAAUAAAGCAGUUCUAAGAAAGAUCGUUUCAGAAAUAUUAGAAGAAGAGCAGCUUCAUCAAAAUAUAUUGGCUGAACUAGACGUUCUUAAAGAAAGUCAAGGAAAACAACAUUAUAUACAGGACAUAGGUAUGGACCCGUUUACACUUAUUUUGUUUUCUGAGGACCAAAUCAAAUUAGUUAAACAACUUUCGAAAACUGAUGAGUUGAACCUCUUCAUUGACGCUACCGGAUCAAUAAUUCACACAAUUAAAGGACAAAAGAAGCCAUAUCUUUACAGUAUAGUCAUAAAACCUAAUAAAAGUUUACCGCCUGUGUCAAUAGCUGAUAUGUUAACAACGCAACACACAAUUCCACGAAUUGAGUUAUUUUUUGGAACAUUCAUAAGAGCAACACUGAGUGGCAGACGAAAAUUGAAUAUUAGAAAGAUAGAAACUGACUACAGUUACGCGUUAAUACAAGCAGUUUUGAAAUCUUUUAAUACAACAACCUUAAAAAGAUAUAUUUUACAAUGUUUUGACCACCUCAACCUCGACCCGACAAAUGAAUCUAUCCAUUCUAUUCCUUUUACAGUUAUACAUUUAUGUUCAGCCCACAUGAUCAAGGACUUUAUUCGAUGCUUAAAACAGUACAAAGUUGAGAAAACCACAAAACAUCUAAUGGUACGGUUAUUUGCUAUUCUUCAAAACACAACUUCCAUGGAAUGUGCAAAAGAAAUAUAUAGAUUCAUAUGUAUUACUUUUCUCUCUGAAAAAGAGUCAUUGCAAACAACAGAAUCGUUAAGGGAACUUAAAAGACACUUGAAGAACAUUGACCCUGAUCAUGAUCUUAAUGAAGAAAGCGAAGAAAAUGAGGAUGAGACGCAACUACCAAAUGAAAACGAAUUACAAGAAAUGACAAUUAAAGAAGCCUCGCCAUUCACUGCUGAAUUUACUAAAGUUAAAAAUAGGGCAAGGAAAGAAAUAAAUCAAAUUGAAGGAGAAAGACCAAAUGCCUUGUUUUUUCCAGCAUUUAUCGAGUGCCUAGAAAGAUUCUUUCCUAUAUUCCCUCUAUGGUCUGGGAUAAUGCUAAGGUUUUUGAUUGGGCAAGACAACAAAUAUCUAACAAGAGAUACAAAUACAGCAGCUGAAAUUUGGUUCAAAUACCUAAAAUGUGACUUAAAACUGAAGAGAUUAAGACCUGCAAAGUUUGUCAAUAAGUUAAAAGAUGCUGUAGUGAGCAGACUAAUACAAUACGAAUUUCAAGGAGCAGAUAAAAGAAAAAGUAAGACAUUGACAGAACAGAAUUGUCCAGAAGCUAAUAAAGGAAAAAACACAAGAACCAAAAUUCAAAAUGAAACGAUAGAUUCACAAAACUCGUUAAAGGUAAAAACGACAGCCAAGAAACGAACUAAGAAGGAAAAGACACUCACGACAGAUGCGUUCCUCGAAAUUAAAGAAGAAAUUUGGAAAGAAAAUAAAACUAAAAAGAAACCAAAGUAUCAUAAUAUACAAAGAACGAUGGAGAAUCUACCAAAGGUUAUGGGUUGGGGUGGAAAAGUAGAAGACAUUUACAUAACAAAUACAUGCACAAUUGACAAUGGGUUAACAAUUAUAAAUUUAUUUCAUAAAGAUAACCAACAGUUUAGAUAUGCUUUGGAAAACGAACUGUCAAAGGUCGGAAACACAUUAAAGUCUGUAAUGAUGUUAAUGUCGAAGUCUGAAUUUGCAGCCGCAAAGGCCAUCUGGGCUGAUCUCACCGAAACCAAAGAAGAUCUAAUGUCAUUAAGAAAAAGUCUGUUUGGAGACGAGUAUGACUUUAUGUUCAAGCAUCUAGACGAGGAGUGGUUAACUACUGUGAAAUCGGUUUGCGACAACAACAACUGUACCAAUACCAUUAGUGACGGACGUCCGGAACAUGGUUGUAUUUGUUUAGGAUACCCAACAGGAAUUGAAAACAUACAAAACAUUAUCGACUGGUGGAUGAAUAAUAACUCUCCAUGUGUGCAAGUUGACGUUGAAAACUAUGAACACACAAGCGAAGCCUCCUGUACCGGUUUACGAACACAUAAGCGAGAGAUAAUGAAAACUUUUCCAGUACUGCCGGUCAGAAUAUAUGAACUCUUCCUGAACGGUAAAUUGAGUGUGAAAACUCUGAUGCAGUGUACAACCAUAGAACUUAUGGGUUGCAUUUACAAACUUGCUGGAAUAACCAUGCAUAAGGAAGAACAUUAUUGUUCUAUCGUCUGUUACAAAGAUUCCUUUUUCUGGUAUGAUGGUUUAAGGGCAAAGUUAGGACCAAUAGUUAAAGACUUGGAAAAGUGGUUUCCUAGUUAUUUAGUGUUUUGCUAUAAUGGUGCAUGUUCAGACUGAAAACAAAUUUAGGCAUUAAACAUGUUACAAAACCAUUUCAUGUAUAAAACAUGUUUAAAGAACGCCAUUUAGGAUUUGUUGUUUUUGUUUUGUUUUGUUUUUUUGGUAUGAAGGGAACAUUUUUUUUUAAAGAUUUUUGUACAAUCGAAUGUAGGUCAGUAACUCGAGUGCCAUAUUUCAGAUAAUUUGGUCCAUCCAUGUUUAAAGGAUAGUCCUUUGUAUAACGCAAAGUUACUCAAAUUUGAAAAGCGGGAACAAAGCUUUUAACUCAAAUUGGCAACACCAUGGUAUAUCACUUCUCUUCUGAGUAUAUUUUUGUACUGUUUUUUUUUACCUCAGUGGCACCGCUUUUAAGUGUAUGAAAAUGUCUAAUUAUCUUUGUUCUAUUGUUAUGUUCAAGACGAAUAGCUGGACGCUCCUUAAAUUUAAGAAAAUAAGGGGUAUUUCUUAAAAGUUAAAUACUAUUUUUGGAGCGUGCAGGAAAUGUAUUCAUUGAUUAUUUUAUCCAAGCAUUAACAAUCACUAAUGCAGACUGACAGAUAGCAAUUACAUAAUACGAUUUUUCUAUCAUUCAUUUGUUUGUAUUGUUACCCUACACAGGCGUUUGGUGGUCAUUGUUUUAAUUUGGAGCAAAAGAGAAUUUCAUGAACAUCCAGGCCAAUAGUAUUCACACUAGCGAAUGAUGAUCCCUUAAUGGUCCUUUUUAUAUAAUAUUUUAAAUUAUGGCUAGAUGUUCAAGAUGGUUGCCAUAGCUAGAAAUACUUUUUAUAUACAUGUAUUCUGAUAGGGGUUUACGUAAUUGAUAAUUAGAAAACGUUGUUAAAAUAGUUGUGCUAAAAAGGGCCACAAUCGCUAUGAAUUCAAAAAAUCAAAAAGCAAUUGUUUCAUUUUCAGGUAGACAAAUCAUUAUGUUAUUCGACACGAAUUAUAAUUUGGUUGCACUUCCCUAAAAUUGUUUAAGUCAUUACAAUCUGAUAAAUGAUAUGGCUUUC